AGCAGUUUCAAUCUGGCUGGGGCAGGAGUGGGGCCGGUGUCUGAGCCGGGCUGGGGAAAGUGGCUGGGUUUGUGAGCUCUGGGGUGACGCUGCAGGCGCUCAGCCCACCCCACCCCCCUUCUCUCAUCGCUCCCAAAGGUUGGAAAGCAGGGGGAGGCCUCAGUGGAAAAGUUGACGAUUUUAACUCUCUGCGCCAGCAUUUCACCUAAGGCUAUCUUUAGAUUUUGUAGAAAUAUUCAGAAUGAGAUGAACCAGGGAUGGGGGCAUCCAGGCAAAAGGGCCCGGGCUGCGCUGGGACAUGGGAUGUUGGCGCGGGGCGGGGGGUGAGAUGGCGGGACUGGGAAAAACAGAAAGUUUCUACUCAAAACAAUGAGGUGGUCAGCGACCAUGGCCGCUGAGGCGGGCUCAUUCCUCAGGACAGAAGGCAUAGAGGACGCUGGCUCCCUACUAGGUUGCAUCUCUAGGGUUGCCCAGCAGCCUGGGGGUAAUCUUUGUUCUGGGGGGGAAAAAAUGCAAAUUCAGAAAAGCCGCAUUAGAAUUAUUUGAGGCUGCUAGAGAAGUCUGUGUUGCUUAUUUUUACCUCUAUGAACCUGGCUGGAGUUUUGCAGCAAAGUCUUAGAUAUAAAAACAGAUCUUUUGCAAAUAUGCAAAAAUUAUAUGGGUAAAUACCUACGCAUUUUCAAAAGAUGGCUCUGAGAAUAAACUCAUCAAGCAAUCUCUCGAUCAGAGUCGUCAUAAAACAAGAUUAAAAUAGUCAUAUCGCUUCUAUUUCAGAAGCCAGACUCAAACUCCUCUUUUCCUAUAUCUAAUUUUUAAAAUUCCAAUAUGCUUUCAUUGGUUUCUGGAGAUUCCCCCCCCCCAAAAAAAAACCAUACAGGGCAUGGGUGAGGUGGUGAGGAGUCGCAGAGAAAGUGGGUGCUGCCUGUGUGUGCUUUUAAGUGUGCAUGUGAAUUUUACCCGAUCACGGUCACUAGUCUUUGUUGAGCGUGGUCUUCCAAACUCUGCCAGAGGAAAGCAAAGACUGGACGCUCACACGGUGCUCUCUGCAGCCCAAGCCAUCCCUAAAACCCUUUCAAAGCUCCCUCUCUCAUUUCAAGGCCAGAGGCAGUUUAUUAUGGACACAACUAAGAAUAUUGCAAUUGAGGGGUGCAUGUGAGAAGGUCCCAAUCAGGAGAGAAGGGCCGGUUCUCUGGUGCAGAUUUAGAAAAAAAAAUUUAAAGCAAGUUGUUUAGGGAGAGAUUGCACCUGAUUGAUUCUAAGCAGACACAUCAAAUAACCCUGAAAAUGUUGACAUUCUUAAAGAUGAACGGGAAAAGGUUAUUGCUCACCCCCCGCCAGAUUUUAACUCUGUGGUAAAUGCACAUCAAAAAAGUCCAGAAUUUUUGUUAAACCUGCAUAUGUGGAGGUAGCAUUUAUUUUCCCUCUGUGGGGCACACAGCUCAGCUCCACAGAUGAGCAGACAAUUCUGAGCCCAGAAAGCGCUGACCUCUAGAUAGGAAUUGUUUAUUUUAAUCUCAGUACCUUGUAUUUUUUAAAGUUAUAUAUUUUUUGUAAUAAGUUUAUUAUUUCUCAUGGUUUGCAAGGGCCUGCUCAGGAGAAGGAAUCCACUAUCCAGGAACCGCAUGAUAAUUCCCGCCAAAGGGCUUAUUUCACCAGCCUGGCAUUUACUUCAGCUCCCCAGCCAUGUGGGAGGAUGGUGUUAUCAACCAGGUAGCAAUGAGCAAUAUUUACUCCUAAAUAAAAUAUGGGCCCUGGUGGCUGCCCAGGCCUGGUGGAGCAAGCAGACACCAGAGAGUUUAGGUCAAAACAUCCUGACCGCCAGAGAGAAAUUCGGCAGCUGGGAGAGAGGGCAAAAUGGAGAGAGAGAAGGCAAAUGGGUAGGAGGGAGAGAGAGUCCCCAAACCAACUCAAGCUGCAACUGAAUUGCUUUUUUAAUCUCUCUGGGGAGGGAAACCCCAGGUAUGCUGAGAGGAUCCAUGAAUGGAAUAUUCUAUUGAGGAAGCUAACACCUUGGUGUCACAGUCUGGGGUGUAUAGCAUCCUGGGGGCCCAUCGGAGAUGCUGAAAAGGCAGCAGGCAUUUUACUUGAGCUUCUGCUGUGUGGCUAUCUUCUCCUCUGAACCAGCGGGCAGGCCAAUCUGUGUCGCAGGCUCUUCAUAGCACUCGGCUGGGCAGGGGAGGUGGGGUGGCAGUCCUAGGCCAGAGAGGGCAUCCCACACAAGUUUACACAUUCUUCUUCUUCUUUUUUUUUUUUUUUCCCCCCAAGCAAGAAACAGCACAGACCUAACAUCCCAUUUGGCUUAUUACAAGGGGAGAAAAGGACACUGGAGAGAAAUAAUCCAGCUCUCCCCCAAAGGGCCGCGAAGACCCAAAUGCCAAUGCCAUGGUCUGUGAGCCCACAGCGGGCCUUCCACCUCCUCUACUCAGCAGCUGGGGUGGCCUUCUUGUAGCAGAUGCCAUACCAAAAUGAUUUUUUUGUAACCUUGGCUGGAGCGUGCAUGUUCUUAAAACCCACACAGCCUAGAAGCCCAUUUGGCUGCCCUACGGAGGAGCCCUAACUAGACCGACCCGAGCUGCCUACGGCCAAAUACCCGGUUUGUCUUACCAGUCAAACUGGCAAGGCUGUUGAAUUCCCAGAGGGUGCUGGAGCAUUCUGAAGAGCCCAAGGAGAAGGCUUUGAGGGGUCUGUAAGCUUCUCGAAAAUGAUGAGUGAAAUUGUGGGACUGAACACAUGUGCACUUUUCACAGGCUAAGAGUCAGAACUUGGCCUUAGAUUUUUCCAAAGGGAGCCUUAACUUCCAAAAAGGUUAAGGAAGACAGGUUUAGAUCGUUGUCUUUCACUUUAUUUUAUUUUAUUUUUUUAGCCUUCACUAUCUCAAGCAUUCUCUCUUAUGGCCGGGCCCUUCCCCAUCUGUGGUCUGGGAAGGUGCUUUCUGCAUUUCAUCCAGAAAGGUACCUUCCUGGCCCCCUGGCCUGCUGGGGCCCAUUGUCCUCAAGGGACUAUCUCCUGUACUUGGGACCUUCUUGCCACUGGGCAGACCUUUCCUGAGAGGCAUGGACAGUGCUGAAGGGCAAAGCCCGCUGCUCGGGCAGUCCUGAGCUUUGUGGCAUUUCCCAGCAGCACUGCCGAGCUCAUCAGUCCCAGUCAGUUUCACUCUGCUGACAAGCUGGGCAUGUGAGCGUGGAGGCUACCAGGGUGAUGCCGCUGAGGGGUGCCUGGACCUGGCUCUGGCCUCGGAGUAAGGGUGGGGGAGUCUUUCAGCCAAAGUUGUCAGUCGCUUCGACCCCCUACUCCGGCCCGCCCACCAAGGUUCGCGGACGGGAGCUGCAGAGAAGGCAAGCCAGGUGAGCAGACGGUAGGCAAACGUCCUAACGGAAUCAACCCAUGGGUAGAGGAGGAGCGGGGCAUGUAGCGGGCGGAGAGGCCAGGGCGGUGCAUCUGGGGGGAGAUUCUGGGAGAGGAGAAAGAGAGAAGUGGCCAUCGCCAGCGUCCGGUCUGCUCUGGAUGUCGGACCCCCCUGAGGAUCCAGGUGGCCUUAGAACCAGGUCUGCCACUUUGGGGAGACAGCUCCAGGUCCAGGGCUGAAUGGGAAGAGCUUGAAGCCCCUCCCGGCCCGCUGGGUGAUUAGAGUACACUGGGGUCCGGUGGCUGAUUCCGAAAUUAAAAUGGGGAGCACCCAAGGCGGGCCGGGGUGCACACCAUAAACACCCCACUUGUUAACUGCGCAGGGCCCAGGGGCCCUUCAAACAGACCCCAAAGGAGGGCGCACAUCUGGGCAUGGGCGGGGCGAGCCCAGGGGCCAGGCCCCCCACCGGCCGCGAUGGGGCAGCCCCCGCAGCUCCUGGCCUUUGGGCUGAGGUAUCGAGUGUGCGUCUCGCGGCCCAUCAAUACAGAUUACAUAUUUAUAUCAAUCGCGGGCUCAGAGGGCGCCCUCGGAGAGCGGCCCCGCGCCUACGAAACCAAACUGGGAGUGGUCGCGCGGAAACUCUGGCUCAGGAUUGGCUGCGGGCGCCCGCCGCGGUGCGGGGGGAUUGCUAAUCGUAUUCAGCAUGUUUUGCACAAGAAAUGUCAGCCAGAAAGGGCUAUCUGCUCCCUUCGCCAAAUUAUCCCACAACAAUGUCAUGCUCAGAGAGCCCCGCCGCGAACUCUUUUUUGGUCGACUCGCUCAUCAGCUCCGGCAGAGGCGAGGCUGGCGGUGGUGGCAGCGGCGCGGGGGGCGGCGGCGGCGGCGGUUACUACGCCCACGGCGGGGUCUACCUGCCCUCGGCCGCCGACCUGCCCUACGGGCUGCAGAGCUGCGGGCUCUUCCCGGCUCUGGGAGGCAAGCGCAAUGAGGCGGCGUCGCCCGGUGGCGGUGGUGGCAGCGGGGGCCUGGGGCCUGGGGCGCACAGCUAUGCGCCCGCGCCUAUAGACUUGUGGCUGGACGCGCCCCGGUCAUGCCGGAUGGAGCCGCCCGAAGGGGCGCCGCAGCAGCAGCCCCAGCAGCAGCCGCCGCCCCCGCCGCAACCACCCCAGCCCCCGCCGCAGGCCACCUCGUGCUCUUUCGCGCAGAACAUCAAAGAGGAGAGCUCCUACUGCCUCUACGACUCGACUGACAAAUGCCCCAAAGGCUCCUCCGCCGCUGCCGAGCUGGCCCCCUUCCCGCGGGGCCCGCCGCCCGACGGCUGCGCCCUGGGCACCUCCAGCGGGGUGCCUGUGCCCGGCUACUUCCGCCUCUCCCAGGCCUAUGGCACCGCCAAGGGCUACGGCAGCGGCGGCGGCGCGCAGCAGCUCGGCGCCGGCCCGUUCCCCGCUCAACCCCCGGGGCGCGGCUUCGACCCGCCACCCGCGCUCGCCUCCGGUUCGGCGGAUGCAGCCCGGAAGGAGCGAGCUCUCGACUCGCCGCCUCCCCCCACGCUGGCUUGCGGUGGCGGCGGCGGGGGCUCGCAGGGCGACGAGGAGGCGCACGCGUCGUCCUCGGCCGCGGAGGAGCUCUCCCCGGCCCCUUCCGAGAGCAGCAAAGCCUCGCCGGAGAAGGACUCCCUGGGCAAUUCCAAAGGCGAAAACGCAGCCAACUGGCUCACUGCAAAGAGCGGCCGGAAGAAGCGCUGCCCCUACACCAAGCACCAGACGCUGGAGCUGGAGAAGGAGUUUCUGUUCAACAUGUACCUUACUCGAGAGCGGCGCCUAGAGAUCAGCCGCAGCGUCCACCUCACGGACAGACAAGUUAAAAUCUGGUUUCAGAACCGCAGGAUGAAACUGAAGAAAAUGAACCGAGAAAACCGGAUCCGGGAGCUCACAGCCAACUUUAAUUUUUCCUGAUGAAGCUCCAGGCAACGUGGUUUUCUUUUCCUUUCCUUUCUUUUUUUUUUUCUCUUUUUUUCUUUUUUUCCGCUUCCAGAGAGUCGUUCUCCUCCCUCUGUCAUCGGCUCUGCCCAGGAACUCGCACCUGUGCCGGAGCCCCAUUCCUCCCUCCCACACUCGCCAUCUCGCUGGCCGUUACAUCUGUGCAGGGCUGGUUCGUUCUGACUUUUUGUUUCUUUGUCUGUGUUUGCUUGGUGCUGGUCUAUUCGUCGUUUUCUGGGGGAAAAAGCCAUAUCGCGCUAAAAUUCUAUAGAGAAGGAUAUUGGCCUAAGUGUCAAGUGGUGACUGGGAUGGUUUGCUAUCUCUGGGUUCCACUGCUUGAAACGGCCCCUGCCUUCCCCGGGGGAGCUGGUUUCCUCCAGGGCCGGCAAACCUAGCCGGAAGGCAGAGGUCCCAUUGUAGGCAGCUGAGGUGUCUGGCCUGAGGUCAAUGGUGCAAGGAGCCCUGCCACCGGGCUCGCCUGCCUGGCGUGCUGGGCUGUGUUUAAUCAGGGGAUACAGGCCCCUGUGUUUCUUUUUCCUUUCUUCCUUUCUUCCUUGGCAAUGAGAAGGGCUUGCAGGCAUGGACACGCAGCUUGGGAAAAGGGCUUGAUGUUGGCUGAUUGAAAAAAUUUGAGAAAGUCAGAAAGAUUAAUUUUUCCUUCCUCUGUAAGAUAUCCCAGCUUUAAAAGAAAAAAAAAAAAAAAAGAAUGACCGGGAGAAGGAGACUUCUCUUCCAGUUUGUGUAAGGUCUUGCAUUGCAGGACGAAAUUACUUCACUUACCUCUGAAUUUCCAUGUUCUUCUGGCUGUAGAUUUAAAAAAAAAAAUUGAAUGUAGUUUUGUUAGUACAUGCAGAUUUAGUGGAUUUUUUAGUCAUAAAAUAAUGGUUACCACUGGUAACACGACAAGCACAUCAUAAUUCUCCCUAUCUUGUGGAGUCCCCCCCCACUCCCCCCCUUUUUUUCUUUUCUUUUUCUUUCCAAAAUUCAUGGAAGCCAAGGAGGGCAGGGGCAAGCGGAAUAGACUAGAGAAGGGAGACAUUUUUGGGGUUUCCUUUAUACUGUGAAGUUACAUGCAUAAAAGGGUCAAACCUGUAGGUGCAGAAAAAGAAAAAAACUAUAAAAUACAAAUCUGUAUAAAUGUCUAUUAUUAUGAAAAAUCGCCAAUCUUGUUUUAUGCAAAUGCAUUCUAUCGUUAUUAUAAAUGUUAGUUCUAGCUCUAUUUACUUCUAAUCUUAAAUCAGAAUAAAUUAAUAUUGUAAUGCUGCUGUGCGUGGAAAAAAGAUGAUGUUUAUGUUCUUAUAGAAGAAUAAAAGCUGUGGAAUGAA